AUCGGUUCCCGUAUUCGGAUGGCCCUGAAAAAAGGAGUAACUGGCGGUACAUUGUUGCAAGCUUCUGGAACUGGAGGAUCUGGACGAUUCCGCUUGGCUGACAAAGCUGAGCCAAAGCCCAAGAUAUCUGCGGCCAAAAAAUCCUCAGCCACUGGAGCUGCUAAGCCCAAGAAGUCCUCUUCCACAAAGCCAAAGAAAGCUACUGGUACCAAGACGAAAAAGGCAUCUGGAUCCAGCUCCACCCCAAAGAAGACCAAGUCCGCAUCAUCUGCAUCCAAGCCUAAAUCUCCCAAGAAGAAAUCCACAGCAUCCAAGUCAAAGACCACAAAAUCCUCCCCCAAGAAGAAGGCCUCAUCACCCAAGAAGAAGUCCACAACCGCCAAGAAAUCCACGAAGCCCAAGACCCCCAAAAAGCCAUCGGCUAAAAAAGCCACCACCAAGGCCUAA